AUGCUUUUUUUGUGGUUACUUGUUGUUAGCUUUUUUCAAGGUAGUAAAUGCGGAAGAUUUGGAAAAAUCUCCGAGGAUGAUAAUCUCGAAAUAAUAACCAAAUGUCAAUCAUUAUACAAAAAUAGCAAUCGUACUAUCAAAUUUCAAAAAAAUAAUAAAGCACAAUUCAAAUUAUUAGGUGGAGAAAUAAUUUCAUCUGCUGAUUAUGGUCAUUUAGUGCAGAUAAUUCAUAUCAGAGAAAAUGUUAACGGUGAAGCAGAUAUUAAUGUUUGUUCGGGAGUUAUUAUUACUCUUCGUCAUAUUAUAACAGCAGCCAGUUGUUUGGAUUUUAAUGAAAAUGGUCUAAAAAACACACCUGUUAAUGAAUUCAAAAUCUAUGGUGGAGCAUCUUGUUUGUAUAUUAGUGAGGAAGAUAAAAAACUCUAUGAUAAUGUAUCAAGAUUUGAUUGUCCAGAUAGAAAUGAAAAUAAAUUAAAUGUUGCAUCAAUUAAACCAAUUGCAUUACUUGUACCAAUGUCAUCAAUAAUUAGUAAUGUUGCUUCUAUUCGUGGUGUUCCAUUUUAUAAGGCAUUUUCGGAUAUAGCAAUUUUUGAAGUGGAACCGCUAGAUAAAUUAAUCAGAAAAUUAAAUGAAGAAAAUGAACAUGAUAAGGAAGAGGUAAAUCUUGAUUUAGCAUGCAUAUCAGAAUCAAUAAUUCGAAAUGAAGGAGCUAUUUAUAUUAUUGCUUCAUAUGGACGUAAAAAAAAUUUAAUGCAUCACAAAGAUAGUAAUCCAAUUAAUGUUAAAUUAAAUCUUCUACUGGAAAAUAAUGUUUACAUUGAUGAAUGUCCACCAAGUAUUCCAUUAUCAGCUUGCGAACGCAUUAUGAUAAUUGAAAGUGAACAAACUGCUACUGAAGGUGAUGGUGGAGCAGCAGUUAUGAGAAAACAGCGUAACAUUCCAGUACUAAUAGGUAUUCUCUCAUUUCGACAACAUAUUGGACGAGCUUAUACAAAGUUUAUGUUUGCAACACGUAUUAGUGAAUUUCAUGAUUUUUUUUGCUAUUAUAUUGGUAUUUGCAUAUAUGAAGAAUUCAUUGAUAAUGAAUAUUGGAAACAUCCUGAUGAUGUAAUCAUUAUCACUGAGAAGGCUAAAAAUGAUAUAUAUGUAAAUAUUGACAAUAUCGACAUAUUCAAGAAAACAACUGAAGAGCAAAUAAAAAUAGAUAAUUUCUCAACCUGCAAAUUUCAACAUAUCUCUUAUUGCUUACCAAUUGUUUUAAUUACUAUCAUAAAUUAUCAAUUAUUUAAUUUGUAA